GCACUUAAUUAUGUCUAAUGAUAUUUGAAGCAUUUUCUUUCCAAUGGAAACAAGAGCUCAUAAGUGCCAAAUAUGAGGGGAACGCGCACCGGUUCUCCUAAACUCCUGCUUAUUCAGUUCCUGGCUGGAACAACUAUUUACCACGGUCCCUUCACCACGGCAGUCCUUUUAAAGUUAGCGCUGAGCAUGGUGUUGCUUGUGAUAGGCUGAGGCUGAGGAAGAAAGGAGCUUGCCUUGUUCAGAUUAGCAGUGCCGCUGGAGAGUUCACUCAUCGUUUGCUAGCUCCAGCCAAAACGUGACCGCGAGCGUUUUUUAUUUUAUUUAUUCUGUUCCAACAUGUUAUGCUUUUUGAGCAAGAUGUAGCUAACGUCAGAACAUGAACAUUCACUCAAAAUACAUGAGUUUUUUCAGAGGGUCGGGCAUGCGUAAGGACGUGGUCGUCUUCUACAGAUGGAAGUUAUUGUUGUGAAUUGUUUAUGAUUAGGCUAUGCUAUGGCGAAGUAACAUUUUAUUUCGCUUUUCUGCGUUCUUCGUGGACAAGUGGUUUGGAAUUUAUUGACUAGCCUACAUGUACUGGCCUACAAGCCCUAGAAAGGACAACUGAAGAGUGGAUUCGGUCUAUCAAGCGACGAGCUAACUACGGACCGGGGAUUUAAAUCGUUUUGGCUUGCCCCAGGAAAAAAAAAGAGAGGGAAAGAAAUUCAUGUGGCAAUUCUCUCUUUAGCGAAAACGGUUGUAUCGCAGAAUGAGCAAAGAAAGACCUAAAAGGAAUAUCAUCCAAAAGAGAUACGAUGACAGUGAUGGAAUCCCCUGGUCGGAGGAGCGGGUUGUGCGAAAGGUGCUCUAUCUCUCCCUCAAGGAAUUCAAGAGUGCCCAGAAACGGCAGCUCAGCGAUGACCUCACAGAUGGAACCAAAGGCUCCAAUGGUUCCCUGAAUGGUCAGCUGAAGGGGUCAGGAGGGAAGGGAGGAUACAAAGAUGGCGGCUCCCGCUCCAAGAAUGCAGGCUCAGAAUCCUCAGAGGAAGGCCCUGCUAAGAAAAGGCCACGGCUCCAGGCCCAGAGGAAGUUUGCCCAGUCCCAGCCCAACUCCCCCAGCACCACCCCUAUCAAGAUGGCCGACGCCUCCUUACCCACGCCUUCAGCACACAUCACAGACCUCUCCCGCCGCAAACCCAAAACGGAGGACUUCCUCACCUUCUUAUGUCUGCGAGGUUACUCCACGAGCCAAACUGAAGGGUCACCAGCAUUGCCCAGUCACAUGGCAUACUUUGGGAGCUCUCAGGAGGCCGAUGAUCUGGACAGUGAUGAUGAGUGCGAGGAGGUGGAGCUUGACCAUUGUGUGGCGUCCGUGUCCUGCCAAUCGACACCGAGGAAGGGCAAACUGCCGAGCAGGCUCAAUGGGCAUGUGUUUAAUGGCCACGGUAAGAGCCAGCGGGAUAGGGAGCCCCUGCCCACACCCACGCCUCGGUCACGGGGUCGGGACUGCUCAGGGGGACGGGAGCGCAGCGAGAGGGCCGACCAGCGGAGGGACCUUGCUACCCCCCAGCACAUGGGAGUCACGGCGAGGACCCCCACCACCAACGCUACCACCAACGGCGUCACACACCGCAGAGAGGAGCUCCGCAAGCAGGUGUCGAAAGUAAACGGGGUGACCCGGUCUGCCCAAGGGGGUACACACAUGGGCGGUGCCAAAAAAGCGAAAGACUUCCGACUACCGUCCAAAACUGUGAAGUACACAGCCACCGUGACCAAGGGCCACGUCACCUACACCAAAGCCAAGCGGGACCUGGUGAAGAAAACCAAACUGAACCACAGCAAACACUCAUCUUCAUCAUCUUCAUCGUCGUCUUCGUCCCUGCCCUCGUCCACAGCUGCCCUGCGCCUGCACACAAACAAUCAGUCCCCGCACCCCGCCAGUGGACACCAGCCUCAGCUGCCCCUCUCAGGAAAAGCCCAAAGUAGCAAUGCAAAAACACGGAAACAGGUGCUCGCGUCCAACGGGCUGCAGUCCCAGCUUCCGGCCAGUGGCGGCGCUGUGAGGCUCAAUGGCCGACUCAACGGUCAGCUCGGUGCCAAGGACGAGAGGGGGCAAGGGCGGGAGGGGCUGCGCCACUCCAAGAGGCGCCUGGAGGCGGCGUCGGGAGGUCCUCCGCUGCCGGAGCGUGCCGCUGUGCCCUCGGAGUGGUCGUCCGUGACCGCCGCCACGGCCCCAGUGACCUCUUCAGGGAAGGCGGAGGAGCCGCGCCGCCUCGUCCAGUCCCCGCCAACGGACGGCAAGAAGCUGAAGCUGCAGCCGAGCCCCCUGGAGACGCGCAGCCGCAAGGCCGUCUCGGCCAUCACACUGCCCAACGGGCACGCGGCGGCCACAGCGGCCCCGGUGACCCCACCCCAGGCACUCGAGCCCCCCCAGCCUGCGCCCCCACCCCCGGCCACCGCCACCCCCACCGCCCCCACCCCCGCAGCCCACCCCCAGAGCCAGCCCGAGCGCCAGCGGCCCAAGCGCGCAUCCGCCGGCAAGCUGAUGCUCAUGCGGCAGGCCCAGCAGCAGCGCGUCCAGCUGGCCGCCGCCGCCCACAACCGCUCGUCUACCUCAGCCGGCGACCUGCGCACGGAGCGCGAGAGGGAGAGGGAGCGGGAGAGAGAGAGGGAGAGAGAGCGGGAGAGGCGGGAGCGAGCGCUGGUGGGGACCAGCCGGACUGGCAGCUGCCCCGAGGCGCCGUGCUCCGGCGAGUCUUGGCUGGAGUUCCAGGACCAGCUUGUCUACCUGGGCCGCGUCUUGUGGCGGGCCGAGCUGUCCGGCCUGUGCCGCGUGGUGCCCCCGCCCGACUGGCGGCCGGAGUGCAAGCUGAGCGACGAGAUGCGCUUCGUGACGCAGGUGCAGCGCGUGCACAAGCUGGGCCGGCGCUGGGGGCCCAACGAGCAGCGUCUGGCCUGCAUCAAGAGACACCUCCGAUCUCAGGGCAUCCACAUGGACGAGCCACCCAUCAUAGGUGGCUGUGAGGUGGACCUGGCGCGCUUCUUCCAGCUGAUCAACGACAUGGGCGGCAUGCAGCAGGUGAUGGACCUGAAGAAGUGGAGCCGCCUGGCCGACCUGCUGCGCAUCCCGCGGUCAGCACAGGACCGGCUGGCCAAGCUGCAGGAGGCCUACCUGCAGUACCUGCUCUCCUACGACUCGCUCAGCCCCGACGAGCACCUGGCACUGGAGCAGGCGGUCCUCGCCGAGAAGGAGGAGUUGGAGCGCCGGCGCGGGCCGCUGGAGGGCCAGCUGGACCCCGCACCCCUCGCGCUGCCCAGGUACGAGCCCAAGAACGGCCUCCUGCCCGCGGGGACGCCGCGCAACGGCUUCCGCAGCCGCAACGGGACCGCCAGCAGCUGCCUGGCCAGCAAGGAGACGGACGUGUCCCCGGCGAAGGCCGGCCGCAGGAGGCUAUUUGCUCAGGAAAAAAGGGAUGCUGUACCCGAUGGAGAAGAGGAGGAGGAGGAGGAGGAGGAGGAGGAGGAGAACAAAGGAGUUCUCAGCGAACAGCACAAGUGUGUGUACAAGGGGAAAUCAGUAUCGUUGACAACCUUCUACAGAAUAGCCAGGAACACCAUGAACAUGUGCUUUAACAAGGAGCCAGCUGCAAGUGAAGUGGAGCAAGAGUACUGGCGGAUAGUGGAGCAGAGGGAUUGCCACGUGGCAGUGCAUUAUGGGAAGGUGGACACGAACACCCACGGAAGCGGCUUCCCUGUGGGAAAAUCAGAGCCAUUUUCAAAGCAUGGAUGGAACCUUACAGUCCUUCCCAAUAACUCUGGGUCCAUCCUGCGACAUCUAGGUGCUGUACCAGGGGUGACUAUUCCCUGGCUGAACAUUGGCAUGGUCUUUUCUACCUCAUGCUGGUCUCGAGACCAAAACCGCCUUCCAUACAUUGAUUACUUACACACUGGUGCUGACUGCAUUUGGUAUUCUGUUCCUGCUGAGGAGAAGACUAAGCUUGAUAAGGUGGUGCACAGACUUCUGCAGGCCAAUGGCACGCCAGGUCUAGAGAUGCUGGAGAGAAACGUCAUGAUCUCUCCAGAGGUGCUAUCUCGUGAGGGCAUCCGGGUGCACCGGACAGUCCAGCAAAGUGGUCAGUUUGUUGUCUGCUUCCCUGGAACAUUUGUCUCCAAAGUGUGUUGUGGCUACAGUGUCUCUGAAACAGUGCACUUCGCCACCCCCCAGUGGAUGAACCUGGGAUAUGAGACUGCCAAGGAUCUGAAAUGCCGGCGCAUCGCCAAACCUUUCUCUAUGGAGAAGCUCCUCUACCAGAUCGCCACAGCUGAGGCCAAGCGUGACAAUGGUGUUCUCCUCAGUACAAUCUCCACUCCUCUCAAAGAUCUCAGGAAUGUAGAGAUGAGGCAGCGACAGGAGCUCUAUGAGGCUGGACUCCUCUCUUCCGCCCGCUACGGUACACCAGACAACAACCAAUCACCCAGCGAUGGCCGCAAGAAGCCCCGCAAGUGGCUGGCCCUGGAGUCGUCCGAGCGGCGGUGCCAAACCUGCCAGCACCUGUGUUACCUGUCCAUGGUGGUGCAGGAGAAUGAGAAUGUGGUCUUCUGUCUGGAGUGUGCUCUGGACUAUGUGGAGAAAUACAAGUCCUGCCGUGGCCUCAAAAUGAUGUACCGCUAUGAUGAGGAGCAGAUCAAUAGUCUGGUGAAUCAGGUAUGUGGGAAGGCUAUGGUGAAGAGCUCUGACAACUGCAACAGCCCCCCGGGGUCUGGCAAGGCAGGGGCCAAGCGGGGUGCUCGGAAGCGUGCCACCGUCGAGGUGUCCCUGUCCCGCCUGUCCCCCAGCACACCCCCACCUCCCAGUGCCACACACCUGCCCAAAAACAACACACACCUCCCCAAAAGCACCGCGCUCGUGUCCUGAGCGGGCGCCAUAUUCCUUUUAUUUAAAGAGACACUCUGUUACUCUGAAAUCCAAAUGUCCCUUUUUGAUGGCUCAGUUCUUCUCCUGUUUUAUGACUUCCUCUCCCCCAGACACACACACACCUCCCCAAUAGUAGGGCAUAGUCUUGCUGAUCCUUUUGUUUGUUUGUUUGUUUUCCUCACCUGGAAUUAGCAAGCUGCCUUUUCUUUGCACUAGUGUGAAAGAUGUUUUUGGAAAGUUUAUUUCUAAAGAUGCUUUAUUUAGAUGAGUUUAGCAUUAAGUGUCCUGGUCACAGUUCUCCGUCCCAUCCCAGCUGCCCCAGCCCUGACCCUUGCCCUGCCCCAUAGACUGCAGACACACACACACUCUAGCAGAACUGUGACCCUUGGCACGUGAAAAGGUGCUCUUUUCCUCCUCUUCCAGUAUGACCGCAACCGACUCAAAGAAUCACAGAUGUCUGUCUGUCACUCACGUUCUCUCCUCUUCUCACUUUUUAAACUGUUUUUAUUGAUGUGUAUGUUUUAAUGGAACUUGUUCACUUUCCCAUUCGCUGAGGAGCACCUCACUGGAGUUGGCCGAAUGGGAACAGGGGAAAGUAGGAUUCCAGCCAGCUAAGAUGAAACUUGAAGGUUGGGGGGGUUUACUUUCAGGUUUUAUUUGAAAUAUGUUGAGGCUUUUGAAAUGAUGUCUCUUCAUCUCUGCUUGUAGGUUUUGCUAUGAUUUCAAUUGUAUGUCCUUUGGCAGAUAAGGGCAAAAGAGUUUCCCUGGUCAUGCAUUGCCAUGGUGACCAAGUGAGGCAGGAUAGAAAGGAGUGAGUUGAAACUGUGCCUGAUGUUUAGUGAGAAAAGACUGAGCUAGGAGUAGAGUUUUUUUCUGAUGGUGCUAUUGGUUACUUACUGUAAUUCAAUACAAAAGAAAAACAGAAUAAUGAAAAACAAAAAAGAGGAGUGGCCUCCUCUCCCAGAGGGCUAGACUCCGUCUUGAGAUGUGCAAUCAUGGUAACAUUCCAUAAUUCCAGUCCUCUAGUUUUCGUACCUGUUCCAGUCAACAAUAAUUAUUAUUAUAUAUUUAUUAUUACUAUUGUUUUUUUUUUUUUUUUUUUUUUUUUUUUUUUUUUUUUUUUCAUUUUCUUUCUUCAACUGUUUUUAUUGCUUGGUGUUCUGUUGUACUAUCUCAAGUAGAGCCACUAGUCACAGGUUGCAGAAUGUGAAAUGAGAGGCUGAGAGGCCAGGUUUAUACAGUAUCUUCUUUUUGUCUAGCUUUUCAUAUUUUUGCCCUUUUUUGCUUUUUUGAGUGCGUCCCAAAUGAUUUUAUGGAAAAAAAUCAACUCAAAUGGAAGAAGAAAGAUUGAAAGAAAGAAGUCAACUUUUGUACAUAAUUCUGUAAAUGUCUUUAAAUACUUGAGCCUUUUGUGUGGGAUGGGCUGUGGUUGGGGAUUGUAGGGGAGGGGGCGAUGGCGGGACGAUGGAAGAGAGAGGGCAGCAGUGCGAAGGAAACGAGAGAUGAAGAAAAGCCUUACCUUUCUGUCUCUUCAUCUGGGCGAGUCCAACGCUUACAGGGUUGCUCCAAUGACAAGCGUGUGUGUGUGUGUGUGUGUGUGUGUGUGUGUGUGUGUGUGUGUGUGUGUGUGUGUGUGUGUGUGUGUGCACGCACGCGGGUGUGUGUGUGUGUGUGUGUGUGUAUGAAUGUGUGUGUAAAAUUUAAGUGCUGCUUACAUCACUGAGACAAAAGACAUGGACAUGGAGAGUAGCAAUGCCCCCUCCCUCUCUCCCACCUCCC